AAAAAAUUAUUGUAUAUUAGUAUGAAACAAGAAUGAAAUAUUUUGAGAAAAAUCAAAUAUGCUCCGCAGCCAUGUUAUUAUUAUUAUUAUUAUUAUAUUAUUAUUAUUAUGAAAAAUUACAAGAAAAUGUUUAAGAAUGAAAAAAAAAAUCAGAAUGCCAGAAUUUAUUAAUUUUAGACCAAAUUAACACUUAAAAAAUUUGAGGUAAUUUGUCAAUCAAGAUACCAAUUACGUGUACGAAUGAGACACCUCAUUUCGUUUCCUUCUCAAUAUAAGUCUCAACCCUACCGCAAUCUUGAUUUCAUAUGUUUUAUCCCCCUACCUUGUUUGGAACGUCCCAAAUUAUAUUCAGUCACCCUUCAAGCUUCAAUUUACUGCGCUUUGUUUCGUCUUUAUUGGAGAUCAAACAUCGAAUCUUCUGAUGGCGAAGAGUUCUUUCAAACUGGAGCACCCUUUGGAGAAAAGACAGGCAGAAUCCGCUCGCAUCAGAGAGAAAUAUCCGGAUAGAAUUCCAGUCAUCGUGGAGAAGGCAGAAAGAAGUGAUGUUCCUGACAUUGAUAAAAAGAAAUAUCUCGUUCCUGCUGACCUGACCGUGGGGCAGUUUGUUUAUGUGGUUCGGAAGAGGAUCAAACUGAGUGCUGAGAAAGCUAUCUUUAUCUUUGUCAAGGACGUGCUACCUCCGACUGCUUCUUUGUUGUCUGCAAUCUAUGAUGAAUACAAGGAUGAGGAUGGAUUUCUCUACAUGACUUAUAGUGGCGAGAACACGUUUGGCUUUUAUGAAGGGCAGUGACAAUCUAUUUCUUUAGAUAGCAUUUCAAUUGUAAAUUUCUCUUCCGUUCAUUUACUAUGUUUGCUACGUUCAUCUGGCUUUUAGUUUCUUGUUGAACCUUCCACAAGAAACUUACCUGCACAAUACCUUGUCGAAUGAAUAUCUGUUUAUAUUAUGUGAA